AUAAUGUCAGUAGUUAUUUAGAAUUAAACACUUAAAUUAACGAAAAAAAUGAAUAAUCGGCAAUUAAUAUCACUUUUGUUGAUAAUACAUUAUUUGGUAAUUAAUGAAGCGAUUCAAAAUUUCUUUGACGAUGUAAUAUACAAAUUUGAAAACAAUAUGACGAGAAAAGCAGCUGCAAAUGGAAAUUUGAAUUAUUUAAUAUAUGCUUAUAAAAGUGGAUAUGAUUGGGAGGAAGAUACAACUAUUGAUGCUGCUGCAAAUGGUAAUUUGGAAUGUUUAAAGUAUGCUCAUGAAAAUGGAUGUCCGUGGGAUGAAAGAACAACAGAAGCAGCAGCUUCUAAUGGUAAAUUAGAAUGUCUAAAAUAUGCCCAUGAAAAUGGAUGUCCGUGGGAUGAAAGCACAACAGAAGCAGCUGCUUCUAAUGGUAAAUUAGCAUGUUUAGUAUAUGCACAUGAAAAUAAAUGUCCAUGGGAUGAAAGCACAACAGAUGCAGCUGCUUAUAAUGGUAAAUUAGAAUGUUUAAAAUAUUCUCAUGAAAGAGGAUGUCCCUGGGAUGAAAGCACAACAGAGGCAGCAGCUUCUAAUGGUAAAUUAGAAUGCCUAAAAUAUGCUCAUGAAAAUAGAUGUCCGUGGGAUGAAAACACAACAAAAGCAGCUGCUUCUAAUGGUAAAUUAGAUUGUCUAAUAUAUGCACACGAAAAUAAAUGUCCGUGGGAUGAAAGGACAACUAUAGCAGCUGCUUAUAAUGGUGAAUUAGAAUGUUUAAAAUAUUCUCAUGAAAGAGGAUGUCCCUGGGAUGAAAGCACAACAGAGGCAGCAGCUUCUAAUAGUAAAUUAGAAUGCCUAAAAUAUGCUCAUGAAAAUAGGUGUCCAUGGGAUGAAAACACAACAAAAGCAGCUGCUUCUAAUGGUAAAUUAGCAUGUUUAAUAUAUGCACAUGAAAAUAAAUGUCCGUGGGAUGAAAGCACAACAGAAGCAGCUGCUUCUAAUGGUGAAAUAGAAUGUCUAAAAUAUGCCCAUGAAAAUAGGUGUCCGUGGGAUGAAAGUACAAAUAUAGCAGCUGCUUAUAAUGGUAAAUUACAAUGUUUAAUAUAUGCAUAUGAAAAUAAAUGUCCGUGGGAUGAAUGUACAACUAUAGCAGCAGCAUCUAAUGGUAAAUUAGAAUGUUUAAAAUAUGCCCAUGAAAACGAGUGUCCAUGGGACGAAGAUACAACUAGAAUGGCAGCAAAGAAUGGAAAUCUAGAAUGUUUAAUAUAUGCACAUAGAAAUGGAUGUCUGUGGAAUAAAGGCACAACACAAGCAGCUGCUUUUAAUGGUGAGUUAGAAUGUUUAAAAUAUGCUCAUGAAAAAGGAUGUCCAUGGGAUGAAAGCACAACAGAAGCAGCAGCCUCUAAUGGUAAAUUGGAAUGUUUGAAAUAUGCCCACGAAAAUGGAUGUCCGUGGAAUAAAUAUUUAACAGUAUCAUCUGCUUUUAAUGGUGAAUUAGAAUGUUUAAAAUAUGCCCAUGAAAACGGGUGUCCGUGGGACGAAGAUACGACUAAAAUGGCAGCAGAGAAUGGAAAUCUAGAAUGUUUAAUAUAUGCACAUAGAAAUGGAUGUAAAUGGAAUCAUAAUAUCACGAGAAAUGCUAUUGUAUUGGGUAAUCUAGAUAUUUUAAGAUAUGCACAUAUGAAUGUAUGCGAGUGGGACAGAGAUACGACUUCAAUGGCUGCUAUACAUUGUUAUAUGGAAAUUAUACAAUAUGCCCUUAAAAAUGGAUGUGUUUGGAAUGAAUUUACAACUAGAGCUGCUGCGGCAAGUGGCUGUUUGGAAUGCUUGAUAUAUGCUCAUGAAAGUAGAUAUCUUUGGGAUAAAUAUACAAUAGUUGCAGCUGCUGCGCAUGGUAAUUUAGAUUGUCUGAAAUAUGCUUAUAAUCAUGGUAGUGUUUGGAUUGAGGGUACCACGAGAGCGGCUGCAGCAAAUGGACGUUUAGAUUGUCUAAUGUAUGCUCAUGAAAAUGGUUGUAAGUGGGACGAAGGCACAGCUAGAGAAGCUGCUGCUAGUGGUAAUAUUGAAUGUUUGAUGUAUGCACACAAAAAUGGAUGUAAAUGGGAUAGAGGAACAAAAAGUGCAGCUGCUGCAAAUGGCCAUUUAGACUGCUUAAAAUAUGUUCACGAAAAUGGUUGUGAGUGGGACGAAAGUACAACAAGACUUGCUGCUGCAAAUGGUCAUUUUCAUUGCUUAAAAUAUGCACAUGAAAAUAAUUGUCUAUGGAGUAGAGGUACCAUCCAAGAAGCUACUCAAAAUGGAUAUACUUUUUUAAUCAACUAUGCUGUUAAAAACGGCUGUCCUAAUUAAUUUUUUUUUUUUUGAAAUAAUAUAAUUUUUACUUUUCUAAUCUAUGCUGGCUAUUAUUCCAUUAUUUUUAAAAUAAAGUUACUUGACCUUUAAUGCGUAUUUGAGAUAUUAUUGAUAUUAUUAAUUGCACUUUUGAAAAUAUACUUUUUUAAGAAAUAUUAUUGUUGGAAGUAUAGACAAGAACAUUUUUUCUUUUAUACUUAGUUUUCGAUAAUUUUACAAAAAAAUACGAUUAUCAAUGUGUAUUUUAAUAGGUAUAAGCCAUCUCUUGUGAAUUAUUUUUAACACGCUUAUAUUAAUUUCACCAGUAUGUAUGUUUGUAAGCUUAUUUAUAUAUUUGUUAUUCCGUCGUUUAUGGCCUUGAGACUAGACUGUCGUAAUUCAUUCACCCCAUCCCGCUCACCUGACCCCCGCAUCACUAUUCCUGUAUAGUUUUAUUUUUGGUUUUUGUACCCGUAUUUUCGUGCGUAUCACCAAUACUAUAUAUAUAAACACAUUUUUAUUGUUUAAUAUACAUGUAUAAUACAUAAGGGAUUACAAAUACAGUUAGCAAAUUGUUUUUUUAUGACGAUAUUCGAAGGUAUAUAGCUUUUAUUAUCAAUGGUAAAAAGACAUAACUUUCAGGGUCAAAACUGAGCAGGGCUUCGGGGUGUCGGUGAGCCUGGACAUCCGAAACGCGUUCAACUCCGUGCGAUGGUCACACAUCCUCAUAGAUCUGGACGCGUUUCGGGUGCCUCCUUACCUCCGGCAAAUGAUCCGGUCGUACUUUAGCGAUCGGGUCAUCUCUUAUGAGAGCGCCGCGGGCCCGAGAACUGACCCUUGAGGGACGUCUCCCGUAACAGGUCUGACUUCUCGGGCCUAUGCUGUGGAACAUCGCGUACGACCCUAGUGGUGGCGGAAGGCGCCUCGUCCGAGGAGGCUGGAUCUCGUGCGAACUGCGCGCUCAGCGCAGUCAUCGCCUGGAUCCAGCAGAAGGGGAGCGGACUGAGCCUCACCCUGGACAAGACUGAAGCGGUCUUGUUCAAGGGCAGGUACAAGUUCACUCCUCCACGGCUUGCCGUCCUGGGGGUGGAGAUACUGCUUAAAGACUCCAUGACUUAUCUGGGCCUUGUCAUAGACAAACGUCUAAAGUUCGGGCCACACAUUACUUGUGCGGCCCAGCUGGGCCAGAAAGUCAUGAAUUGCCUGGCGGGACUCGUACCCAAUCUAGGAGGGUCGAGAGAGAUGCGGCGCAUACUUUUAGUCAGCGUCGUACACUCUGUCCUUCUGUACGAGUCCCCGGUUUGGGCGAAUACUCUUGAGUAUUCGUUCAAAAACCGUGAAGCCCUGCUCAGGGUGCAUAGGCGGGCGGCGAUGCGGAUAGUUUCGGCGUACCGAACGGUAUCCGGAGUGGCGGCGGGUAUCCUCGGGUAUAGCACUGCCACCCACCGACCUGCUCGCCGAGGAACGUGCCGCUGGGCAUGAGCUCCGCCGAGAACGCAACCGGUCCCUCGAACCCGAAGACUGGCUAGCGCUCAGGCAGUUGACCAUGCUCCGGUGGCGGACUCGCCUCUCAGAGGAAACGACGAGAGGCGAGUGGACCAGGUCCCUCAUGGGACCCGACCGACUGGACAGGUGGGUGGACCGGACUCACUUUGAGAUGACAUAUCGUCUCACUUAAGUGAUGUCCGGAUACGGCUGCUUUAACGAGUACUUGCACCGUAUUCGUAAAGCAGCCGCGCUGACGUGCGACCAUUGUUCGGAUCGCCCGGGAGAGGCUGAUAGCGCUCUUCACACCCUCUACCGGUGCGAGGCGUGAGCCCAGGAGCGGGACUCUUUGGAGUCUCGACUAGGGUCCAUGUUCCGAGUCGGGUCCAUGGUAGACCUGUUGUUUAGGAAUCGAGGGCUCCUUCAGGCGUUCGCCGAAUCCGUCUUAUUAAAGAAGGAGGAAGCGGAACGCCUGAGACAGAGGCAGUCACGCCGCCGUGCACAGGAGAACCUGAGGCGCUGGUUUAGGCCUGUGCCUUAGGUUCUUAUUUUUGUGUUAUGUUUUUAUGUCUUGUUAGUUAUUUUGGCAGUCCUCCCUAACUGUUCCCACUCUGGGAUUCGGUUAACGGGAGCGGGCCACACCACAUUGCGAAUCAGCUGUUGAUUAUUUUCAGGCUGAUUCACAACGUGGUGGUGUGAAUUAUUAAGAUGGCGUAGGCCAUCCUGAUGUAAUGACUCACGGCAGUUCUAGGGCGGCCCACAAUAAUUUUUUUGACAAAAAGAUUGACUCUCUCUUCACUAAAAACCACCGUAGUGGUACUUUGCUGUGUACGUACAGGCAAUUUUUUUCGUGUGUGAUAUUUUUUUUUAAUAUGUAUUAACUUUUGCAAGGCAUCGUCCAAUUCCGGGGACGAGAUCCCUGUAUUAGGAUGAGUCUCAUCCGUAACUGGGUAUCGUAUUUAUUUUAGUAAUCUUAAUGUUUUGAGCGUUCUUUUUUUCUUUUUAUGUUAAAAUGUAUUCUCUAUUAUAAUAUAUAUUUUUUCAUUAUUGUUUAUGAAUUUGAAAGGUUACAAUAAUUAAAAAAAAAAGUGAAACCAUUUGGCCGCAGCGAAAAAUUUAUAACUUUCAUGGCACAUUGAAAAGAAAGGGUCACCAACCCACUGGGCGAGACACUGUAUUGUCGGACCACAGUAGGAUGUAAAAAAAAUUAAAUAUUGUAAAUCAAAUUAGCUGACGCUAUUCAAUAAAAUAUUUACACGGUAAUAAAAUUAACACGGUUAACCUUUAGAGUAGGGGUAAAAAAAAAAAUUAAAUACCCAAUGCCGAAAAUUACUAAGAACAAUUUGAAUCAUAAGGCAACAAUGUAUGCGGUGAGCAGUGCAAAUGACGUUUAAGAUAGGAAAGGAGCAGGGUGAAUGUACACAUAAAUGCCGUCCAUGAACCAGUCUAAAGUAGUACACAGCUGACUAUCUCGCACGCGCACAAACAAAUCACAACACCUUAUCAUGAUUAUUUAACUGAUAAACGCCGUCGCAGUACGCAUUCGGCUCAACACAAAUAUAUAUAUAUACAAAUAGACAAAAAAAAAUAAUCAGAUACUUUUUGCAACGUUACAAAUUACUAUUUUCUUCUUCUUCAUAGCCUUAAUCCCAACUACUUGGGGUCGGCCACCCUUAUCUUAAACUUCCACUUGACACGAUAACCACAUCCUCUACGCUCACAUCAGAUGUCCUCAUAUCACAUUCAAUAACAUCUCUGCAUCUCUUUUUUGGUCUUCUUCUACCUCUUCUUCCUUCAACAUUCAUUUCUACAACUGUUCUUACGGCUUCCGACUCUUCUCUUCUCAUAACAUGACCAAACCAUCUAAGUCUAUUUUCUCUCAUCUUAUCCACGAUUGUGCUACACCUAUACUCCCUCUAAUAUGCUAAUUUCUUAUCUUAUCUUCUCUAGUCACUCCACUCAUCUAUCUAAGCAUUCUCAUCUCUGCUACACUCAUUCUCUGCUCUACUUUCUUAUCAACCACCCAACACUCUGAACCAUACAUCAUAGCUGGUCUCGCUACAGUCUUGUAGAAUUUACCUUUCAGCCUCAUUGGAAUUUUUUAUCGCAUAAGACGCCAGACGCUUCUCUCCACUUCAACCACCCGCACUUAAUCCUGUGUCUUACAUCUUCCUUAAUAUCACUACUCAUUUACACAACUGAUCCUAAAUACUUAAAUCUUUCCAUUUCUCCUAUCAUAUUCUUAAUUAUUGUCAUUGCACUCCUCAUUUCACCUACCUCGACUUCUCCUUUGUCAAACUCGUACUCUAUAUACUCUGUUUUACUUCUACUUAUUCUUAAACCCUUUUUCUUUAAGAGCUGAUCUCCAUACCUCUGAUUAAUUUCCUCCCUAUUUUCUCAUAUUAACACUAUAUCAUCAGCAAAAAACAUGCACCACGGCACCUCUCCUUGUAUUUCUCUAGUAAUUUCAUCCAUCACUAUAGAGAAUAAUUAAGGGCUUAAAGCAGAACCUUGAUGCAUUCCUACUUUUACGCGAAAACCUUCUGAUACUCCUCCUACGCUUUUUACCCUGGUACAAGUGCCAUCAUACAUAUCUUGUAAUAUAAUAAUGUACCUUUUCGGGACUCCUUUUCUCAUUAAUGCCCACUUUAAAACCUCUCUCGGCACUCUGUUAUACGCUUUCUCCAAAUCUAUGAAUACCAUACAGAGCUUUUUCUUCUUUUCCGUAAACUUUUCUAUUAAUUGCCUCACACAAAAUACUGGCUCCAUUGUUGAUUUACCAGGCAUAAAUCCAAACUGGUUUCAUUUCUUAUUCUCUUUUCUCAUACCUUUUCCCAAAUUUUCAUGCUUUGACUCAUAAGCUUUAUGCCUCUAUAAUUUCCACACUCCUGUAUGUCUCCUUAAUCUUUAAAUAUCGGCACCGUAAUACUAUUCCUCCAUUCAUUUGGAAUUUUCCUUUUUAAUAAAAUUUUAUUUAAAAGUUCCUUCAAUCACCUUAUGCCAAUACCGUAUAAUAUUUUCCAUACUUCUACUUCAUCUGAUCCCACUGCUUUAUUCUUUUUCAUUGAUGGCACAGCCUCCGAUACCUCUUUCCCUCUAAUUAAAUCUACCAGUCCUCAUUCACGAGAUAUCCUUUAACGUCUCUUUUGGAUACUCCUCAUUCAGUAAUUUUUUCACCUUUUUUCACAUCAUCAUCACUCAAGAGUACCCUAUUAUCAGCACUUUUUAUACACCUUAUAUAAUGAUAAUCUUUAGACCUUUUCUCUCUUACCUUUACAAUUCUAUAGAUAUUUUUCUCGCCUUCCUUUGUUUCUAGCCUAUCAUAGAACUUAUCAUACCUCUUAAACUUCACUUUACUUACUGCAUACUUGGCUUCUUUGUACAAGCGUUUAUACUCCAUCCAGUCUUCUCUCCUUUUGCUCUAUUGCCAUACUUUGAAUUGCUUUUUCUUACUUUCUAUGAUUUUUUGAACGUUCUCAUCCCACUGUCAGGUUUCCUUGUUUCCUGGUAUUCUACUCAUACUCUAACCAACAAUCUCCUUUGCAAUAUUCUUAAUACAACUAGCAAAUCAUUUCCAUCUCUUUGGAAGUCUACAUAUAUCAAUCCAAUUCUCAAAAAAGGAAAUAAAUCAUUAAUAUCAAAAUAACGUCCCAUAUCAAUAAUUUCAAUCAUACCAAAAAUAUUUUCUAAAGUAGUAAAUAAUAAGCUUAUACCAAUGUUUAAAAAUAUCCUGGUAUCUCAAAAACAUGUAUUUAGAAAUAAUAAAUCAUUUCUUAUGAAUCAUUUAAUAACCAUAAAAUAUCAUAUAACAAAAUUAUUGGAAAAUAAUCAUCAAACCGAUGUCAUUUAUACUGAUUUCGAAAAAGUCUUUGAUAGAGUUAACCACGUUUUAUUAAUCAAUAAACUACAUAAAAUAGGCUUUGCAGACCCCCUUCUAUCAUAGUUUAACUCGUUAGAUCAUGAAUCCAAUUUGUGAAUAUAAAAAUUUUAUAUCAAUGCCUAUAAAAGUAAUUUCUGGAGUACCACAAGGUGAUCAUCUUUCCCCUCUCCUAUUUAAUUUAUUAAUAAAUGAUGUUGUAUCCUCCAUCAUACAUUCCAACAUCCUAUUAUUUGCUGAUGAUGCUAAAAUCUAUAAUUUCCAUUGAUGAUAUCAAACAACUUCAAGAUGAUUUAAUUGCAUUUAACGAGUGGUGCAUUUGCAAAUGGCCUUUCACUGAUAUUUAUAGAUAAAUGCCAAAUUGUUACUUACUUCAAAAAACACAAUCCCCUUCAUUUUAACUAUAAUUUAAGUGACAUUAACCUACAACGUUCCUCAUUAAUUAAAGAUUUAGGAAUCUUAUUUGAUUUCUAACUGUUAUUUAACGCCCACGUAGCAGUGAUAAUAAAUAAAGCCUUAGAAGUAUUUGGAAUGAUAAAAAGAAACUGUUCCAAUUUUCAUUAUCCACUUACUUUUAAAUGUUUGUAUACCUCUCUAGUGCGUUCCUUAUUAGAAUAUACUCCGUUAAUUUGGGACCAUAACAAUGCAGGACAGAAUGAUCAAUUGGAAAGAGUACAGAAUAAAGUCCUAAGAUUUAUAUGUUAUAAAUGUAAUAUCUCACGAACUCCUCACUUUGGGUACGAACAAAUUUGAAAUUUGUUAAACUUAGAUACUUUAAAAUCUCGUAGAAACAUAUCAUAUAAAAUCGUUCUCGCCAAAUUAUUAAAUAACAAGAUUGACAACUCAUACAUAUAAGGCCAACUUAACUUUAAAGUUAAUAACUAUUGCACCCGAAACAAUUAUUUAUUUUAUAUACUUCACACAACCAAAAAAUAUGCGUUAAAAGACCAAAUAAAUAUAUUAAUGUCCGUACGAAAUAGUCAAUAAUUUAUUUAUUAUUAUAUUUAUUAUUACCAUAUACUCUAUUUAACUUUUAUUAUGUUUAUAUUAUUAUUUUCAUUGUAUUAUAUUAUAUUAUAUAAUUGUUAUCAUUGAAUUAUAU